UAUCGACUGAAUCAAAUUGUUUUUAGUCAGCAACAUGGCGUAAAUGGCGCGUUCGUGAGCUCAAUAUAUUUAGUAGAAUUUAAAAUAGUUAAUAGAAAACUUGGUAUAUUUAGAAUAUAUUUGGCAUUCUCCAAGAUAUUUCCUUUAGAGAAACCCUUAGUGAUGUUCUAAAAGAUUAUUUCUCUAACGAGAAUGAAGUGGUGAUGGAAUCCCUUGAAGACUCAAAUUGUCACUCCUUGAGCGAUAGUUUUUCUUUGUAUGAGCGAUAUUUAAGAAGUUUUAAUGUGGUCGAUCCACUAAUUGACCAAAGUGUUAAUCGCAUGCCCGCUGAGCGAAUAUUUGCAAAUAACUGCGAUUACGAGAGUUCUCAUAGUAGAGGUAACAUUGAGUUAUCUAGCGUAGCACCAAGUAAUGUUAUAAAUAAACAUUGCGAAACAGCUGAAUCUCAACACGGUAUAUUAAAUAAUUUGGGUACUGAUCAAAUAAAUGAAAAAGGAUCCAGUUUAGAUACAGAUUUAUGUGUUAAAAUUAAUUCGCCGUGUUCGCCGCUGGCAGCUUCAUUACUUGAGAACUCGUUCGCGACAGUCGAGCGCAGUCUUAUAAACGAUAAGUCUAACCAUACCGACGUCCACGUAUCGUCAGAGGAUUCGAGAAACGAAGGUGUAAAGCAUCCUAUGUUCAUUACUCCUACUAUGGAAAACAGUAACAAUGCUGUAGACAGUGUACCAAUGUUCAGAGACGUGAGACCUUCAGAGAGCGUUUUCAAGUUACCAAUAAGUGAAUUAUCCUUCAAUGGUACAAUCAAGCAUGUUCAAAAGUUAAAACCCAUUGUGGAUCCCAUAUCGGCACUGAGUUCAAAUAAUGGUUUAGUGAAUUUAGAAGAUAGAAGUGAGGGACCAUUUGAAAGCCACAGUGAGAACUAUGAGUCAAUUAGUGAGAGUAAUGAUGGUGAUCAGCGAGUAAGUGAUGCGUCAGACAAUGUUAGUGAUAGGUUAGACAAGAACUCUGAGAGUACGGGAGACUCGCAGUAUGAUGACAGUAAUGCUAAGAAGUGCCCCAUAGGUAACGAUGAAGGCAGUACGGCCAAGUGGAAUUUGGACCACAGCUACUCCUCCCUGGAAGCAUCCUUUGACAGUGGAGUGAGAUCUCCAGACAUGUUCUCUGAUGGGGAAGAGGAAGAACAGCCAGCUGAGCCAGAACCAUUCUGGAGUUUCCUCAGAGAUUAUGAAAUUCAUGACAAGAGAAGAGUCAGGAAGCUCGAGGAAACUCUACAAGGAGUUCUACCACCACCAUCUGUGACCAUUCUAAAAACAGAUGUCUCAGAAAUGCUCAAAAAGUACUAUGGCUACCUACCUAUUUUUAAUGGAGAAACAAAAAUAAAUUCUCCAGAAGUUAACUCAACUACACCAACAAAGAGAGUUUCCUUUGUUGAAAUACCUGAAAGGAUACAACAUAAUGAGGAAAGCAACAGUAGGAGUAAUGGAGACAAGUCCAAGAGUUCAACCUCUCAUGAUAAUUCUGAUCUCGAUACCAGUGUCAAUGAUAAGAGUAUACACUUGAAGAUGAAUACUGAAGCCGAGGCUUUAGAAACAGUGUGGCCAGAAGUGAUCAAAUGCAGAUACUAUGAUGUGUAUUAUAAUGUGACAAAACACUCAGAAAAGCUGGAAUUACUUGCUUUACGAUAUGGAGAGAGAUAUGUUGGCGCCGAGACUGAUACAAGUGUGAACAUCUACUCUGGGGGCAUGCAGUCCCCUAACAGUGCAAGCAAACGGAAAGCCCUGCGCCAGAAGCUGGCCCAAGCGAAGUCGCCUGGACGUCGAUUGUCGCAUUUGGCACGACGGCGGCAGGCCUUUGCCAGUGCCGCCACCAUCAACGAGAAGGCUCAGACAUCGAAUUCCAAGAUGGUCCUCAUUGAUAAGAAUUUCUUCCCACACAGAAAGCUGGUUAACUCUUCGGAAAGAAAGAGCCCUCGCAAUAAACGUACGCCUGGCAAGAGAACGCCGGUACGCAAGACUCCGGGCAAGAAGACACCAGCCAAGACUCCCAAGACAAGAAGUGGCGGCUCCAGCAAGAAGAAGGCUAUGAGGCGGCUCCUCAUGGACUCAGAGCAUAUGACAAGAUCACAGCCAACUCGGGAGACCUUGAAACGGGCCCUGUUUAGUCCAGAAAACAGGAAAACUGUUCCCGUCGCAGCAUCAACCUCAGUUCCGGCUCAGGCUAUGAAAUCCAAACGGGCACUAUUCGGUUCACCUGUCAGAGCUGACACCAAAAGCAUGGACGGCACGCAGAGUGAUCAGUUCCUGAAACGGAAGCGGGAUCUGAUCGAUGAUGACGGUGAUAACGGUAGAAGUAAGAUAGCAAAGAGUUUGUCCUUCGGAGGUGAUACUUACGGCAGCUCGCAUUCUCUGGCAUUCGCGAGGCGGGCAUCCGAAGCGUUCGCUACAAAAACCACAAAUGAAUGGAGUGAAAUUCAUAAGAAGAAGCUGUUGUGGGCGGUGUCGGAGGCCCUGCGCGCUCACGGCUGGCGCAUGUCGUCGGCGGGCUUCCGCGAGAAGGCGUCGUCCCUGGCGCGGCUGACGCGGCGCUUGCUGACGCUGCCGCCGCACGCCGCGCGCCUCGCCGCGCCCACGCUCUCCACCUCAGACGUCAUGCUCAAGAUUGCCCGUCAGUACGUAUUCGCGAUCAUUCAAGGUCGUUCCAUCGACGAAUGUUUCCAAGAGGAACAGAUGCGACUCGCGAACGAGGCCAACAACAAAGUGUCCGGCUACAUAUCAGCUAACGCCUACCAGCAGCUGCGGGCGCGGCAGAGCGUGACCAGCACCUUCACCUCGCAGAUAAAGGAGAACACACACAGUGGGAUGAAACAAGACCAACCCAAGAGCAGCUCCAAGAACAUACUACAAGACAAACUAGUGAACAUAGACAGUAACUCAAACAGUUCCAGUGGACUCAGUAUGCUCGAUAAAUCGGGCAUUAGUCUCUUCAAGUCCAACUCCAUGCCUUCCUUCGAGGAAGCCGCCAAAAUGAGAGCCCGCAGACAAAUAAGUUUCGAUAAUGUAGACUUUCCUAAAAGGUGAUCUGUUUCACCCAGAUCAACACCUUAGCACAGUUAAGGAUUUCAAUUACUUGACAUAAUUCAUGUAAAUAUUAUUGUAAGAAAGUUGUUACUUCUAUUACUCUCAGCGGAUACUUCUUAUUUUACUGACCAAAGCUUUUGAAUUUUUAGACAAUUUUGUGGUAUCAUAUUGUAUAUUGAACCAAUAUUGUGUAUCGACUUUCAUAAAUUAGAUAAAUGUAUACGCGGUAACUGCAUAUGUGGUUGGCCCUUGUCAUAUAUUUGAUUAUAUUUUGUACGAUUCGUAGGAUAAUAUGCCGCCUAAAAUAGAAGUUUUUGGCACGGUCAAGAGUCACCUCCGACAAUUUUUUUACAUAAAUGUCGGCAAACAGUAGCAAAUAUAUUAGAGAUACAUUCUUCUGUGCCCAUUUACCUCAGAUGGGAGAAUAAGAAAAGUCGCCGUUUUGAACGUCCCCAAUUUGGUAAGAGAAGGCGGGCUGUAAGAUAUUCUUUAGGUUUCAAAUUAUCAUAUUAAUUUCUUUUUUAUAGCUUUGAAGCCAUUCUUUUUGGUACAAACAAAAUAUUACAAAAUUAUUUAUUUGGUACAAACAAAUCAGGAAUAGUAACGAUUUUUGAAUACAAUUCCAUUUCAGUGUUGCCAACCAUGUGUGUAGCACACCUCAUUCUAGUUUACCUAAUAUUGUUUUGUCUCAUAUAUUUAUUUCGUUGUGCAUGACUUUCUAGCAACUAGUAGCUCAUUGAUGACAUUAUCCUGAUAAUGUAAUUUAGCAAAUUGUAGAAUACAGCAAACUUAGUGCUAUAUUUGUAUUGCAUUGACUAUAUUCAUGUUUGUAUGUAAUGCGUUACUAUUGCUGAGUAUGAUCUCAGGUGUUUAAUUUUAAGUAAUAAAUUAUUUUCCUUAAUAUAA